UGCAAGCAUUUCUACUUUCCUUUCAAUUCCCUCAAACCCCACAAAACCCCUUUCCUCUUUUUUUCUCUCUCUGUCUGUAACAAUGGAAGGUCCUGCAAAUGAUGAGGGAUCGAUGGCGAGCUCUUCGAACACUUUGCCACCGUUCCUGAAGAAGCUUUAUGCGAUGGUGGAUGACCCUGAGACCGACUCGGUGGUCUCGUGGAGCAAUGCCAACAACAGCUUUGUAGUUUGGAAUGCCCACGAGUUCGCCGCAAACCUUUUGCCCAAACACUUUAAGCACAAAAACUUCUCCAGCUUCAUCCGCCAGUUGAAUACUUAUGGUUUUAAGAAGGUUGACCCAGAUCGCUAUGAAUUUGCAAAUGAGAGGUUUUUGAGAGGUCAAACACACCUUUUGAAGAGUAUUAGUAGGCGGAAACCAGUUCAUGUACCUGAUCACCAAGAACAACCUAAAGUGCAGAGCUCCUCAGUUGGGGCAUGUGUUGAGGUGGGGAAAUUUGGGCUUGAGGAAGAGGUUGAAAGACUUAAAAGGGACAAGAAUGUUCUAAUGCAGGAACUUGUUAGGUUGAGGCAGCAACAGCAAACAACUGAUAACCAGUUGCAUAAUGUGGGGCAACGUGUACAGGUAAUGGAGCAGCAACAACAACGAAUGAUGUCUUUCCUUGCAAAGGCUUUGAAGAGUCCUGGCUUCUUAGCCCAGAUUGUACAGCAGCAGAAUGAAAGCAAUAGGAACACUGCCGCAGUGAGCAAAAAAAGGAGACUGUCUGGGCAGGAAGAAGAAAGUGCAGUUGGUGAGCAUCACACUAAUGCUCCUGAUGGACGGCUUGUCAAGUAUCAGCCUUCCAUAAAUGAGGCGGCUAAAGCAUUGCUGCAGCAGAUCUUGAAGAUGAAUGCAACACCUAGGGUGGAACCGUUGAUGAACAACUCUGAUGCAUUCCUGAUAGAUGAUGCUCCUACUCAUACAUUUGACAGUGGAUGUUCCUCAAGUCGAGUUUCGGGAGUGACCCUUUCUGAAGUUCCACCUAUGUCUGGGCAGUCAUAUAUGCCAGCGAAGCCGGGAUUUCCUGUCAGUUGUCCAUCUACUUCCAUUCCUGAUAUUCAAUCUUCCUCUUAUGUGGUGCCUGAUCAUGCUAAAGCUGCUCAAUUCUCAAAAUUGAAUGUGCAUAAUUCUCAAGAAGAGUCUAUUUUGCCCGACUUCACUAAUAUGCAAGGAAUCUUGCCAGAAAGCACUGCAGAAAUCGGUGAUAUGAAUCAUGUGGGGGCUGUGACUGGGAAUGAAAAUCAUUUGGAUCCAAUAUCUGCAGCUUUGGAUGGGACAACACCCAUAGAAACUGAUGCUUUCUCUCCAGAAAGUGAUGUGGAGGCCUUUCUUGAUGAGAUCCCUAAACUUCCGGGCAUUAACGAUAUUUUCUGGGAACAAUUCCUUGCAGAGAGCCCACUUACUGGGGACACAGAUGAAAUUAAUUCAAGUUCGCUAGAUGGUAGUGUUGCCAUGGAUCAUGAGUUACAGAUCGAAAAGAAAAAUGGUUGGGACAGGAUUCAACAUAUGGAUCAUCUUACUGAACAAAUGGGGCUUCUUGCAUCGGAGAGCAGAAUGGGAUGACCUUACCAAUUGUAUAUGCAUGUUUCUUUCCAUCUAGAGGAUUCCAGACACAUUGUGGCUUGGUUUUUCACUGUUGUGUCAAGAAAUUUUGACAAGGAUGGAUAGAAUCUGCACAGAUUUUACUGGCUUUCAAUGUAUAUAAAUGCUUGUUGAUUGAAGCAUAUAGCAGAGUACUGUAAUCCUGAGAAUUUUUUCUGGUCAUUGGUCCUUUAGAUAUUGGCCAAGAUAUUAUGUAUUUCUUCACUGUGAGCACAGAUGGUAACCAGAGGACAUAAAAGAAAGAAAUUGUAGUGGUGUGGGUUUACAAGCUGUGGGAACUAUGUAAAAAAUGGCUUAAAAUCCCAACUCUUGUAAAUUUUAGCAAAAUGUAGAUUUUCAUGAAGGUGUUGAGCAUUUUAUUUUUUCCUUGUGCUUCUGUAGAGAAAGAAAGUAAAAGAGGGGUGAUAGAGGAGAAAAUCUGUUCAUACAGCUGGAGUUAUAAAAUUAAGAGCAUCACCUUUGGUA